AUGUAUGUGUGUACUCAUGCACUAGAGAAACCUUAUAUAUGUGAAAUAUGUAAGAAGACAUUUAGCAAGAAGAGUAAUUUAAACAUCCAUAUGUUUAUUCACAGAGGAAAGAAACUUCAUGUGUGUGAAUUAUGUAAGAAGUCAUUUAGUCAGAAGGGUGGUUUAAGCAACCAUAUGCUUAUUCACACAGGAGAGAAACCUAAUGUCUGUGAGGUAUGUAAGAAGUCAUUCAGACGCAAGCAUCAUUUAAUCACUCAUAUGCUUAUUCACACAGGAGAUAAACUUCAUGUGUGUGAAGUAUGUAAGAAGUCAUUUCAUCAGAAGUAUGCUUUAAGCUAUCAUAUGCUUAUUCACACAGGAGAGAAACCUCAUGUGUGUGAAGUAUGUCAGAAUGCCUUUAGUGAUAAGUCUACUUUAAGGGGCCAUAUGCUUAUUCACACAGGAGAGAAACCUCAUGUGUGUGAACUAUGUAAGAAGUCGUUUAAUCACAAGGGUUAUUUAAAUACUCAUAUGCUUAUUCACACGGGAGAGAAACCUCAUGUGUGUGAACUAUGUAAGAAGUCAUUUAAUCACAAGGGUUAUUUAAAGAAGCACAUGCUUAGUCACACGGGAGAGAAACCUCAUGUGUGUGAAGUAUGUAAGAAGUCCUUUAGUCGGAAGUCUGUUUUAAGCAGCCAUAUACUUAUUCACACAGGAGAGAAACCUCAUGUGUGUGAAGUGUGUGAGAAGUCUUUUAGUCAGAAGUCUACUUUAAGGAGCCAUAUGCUUAUUCACCUGGGUGAGAAACCUCAUGUGUGUGAAGUAUGUAAGAAGUCCUUUAGUCAGAAGUCUUAUUUAAGCAGCCAUAUACUUAUUCACACAGGAGAGAAACCUCACGUGUGUGAAGUGUGUGAGAAGUCCUUUAGUCAGAAGUCUACUUUAAGGAGCCAUAUGCUUAUUCACACGGGUGAGAAACCUCACGUGUGUGAAGUAUGUAAGAAGUCAUUUAGAAAAAAGGGUAAUUUAAACACUCAUGCACGUAUUCACACAGGAGAGAAGACUUGUGUGUAAAGUAUUGAAACGUUCAUUUUUAAUAAAGGAUUAUUAAGAUUUGCAUAUCGACAGAAGAGAGCAAUCUGUCAUGUAUUUAAGAAUUCGUUUGAAUAGUAGAUUAAUUUGAAAAAUAUGUGUUGGUCUAAGUAGAAAAGCCUUCUGUCUUUUGAGGAGAUGUUAAAUUAGUAUCAACAUUAAUUUAUCACCCUAUUAAGGAUUUGUAUAUGCAGCAAAAAAACCUCACUUUUUGCGGUCAAGUCAGUUUGAAUGACAACAUUUGUGAGUAUUAAUUGGUGGGGAAAUUCUUAGUAAUAAGAAAGUCAUUCAGUGGCAGAAUUUUAGAUUUAAACGUAUUAUUACAGAGUGCUAUAAAACGUACUGCUGACGUUGUGGUGAGCUUUUUGAAUUGUCAUUUAAUACAAAUAAAUUAUUAUCUAAUUAUUUCUUUUUAAAAAGCAAAAAAUUACAUCUAUGCAAGUUAUAUCUCAAUUGCAUUUUUAACUAAUGCUGAUUUGAAGCUACAUUUGCUUAUCUGUCCAGUCCUAAAGAGUCUAAAGCUGCUUAUACCGACCUGGAUUGAAAAGCCUUGGAUUGCUGCUCUUAGAAUCUGCCAUGAUACAUUUUGUGUUUCUUCCACCUUUUCUCAGAUUUGAAUUUUUGACCCUGGAUAUAACUUUUUAGAGAUUUUUGUUUCAUUCAUAUUCAUUAUUACAUCUGUUACCUACCAAAAUGUGCUGCGGUGAUCUAUGCUUGUUACCACUUUGACAUACUUCUGAGAUGCAAUUCUGGAGCAGGUUUAAAUGUCUCAUUCCAUAUGUGUACUGUAAUUUGUAUGUUCUUUGUGUUAAAAAUGUUUCUGAGUUUAACGAUCAAAGCUAUUAAAUUAAUGAUAGAGAUGCCUUUCUUGAACCUGUAACACAAAAUAAUAUAUUAGGUGAUUUUUUUAUUGUGAUAAAAUAUUAAAGACUUGCAGGCAAAUUA